CGGGAUCGGAGUGGCUGCGGGCGGCCUGGGCUGCCCGGCCGACGCCUGCUGCGAGAUGGCGAUCUUGGGCGCGGAGGGCUGAGGAGGCGCCGCCGCGGUGGCCGCGGGCCCCGGGAGCCGCAGCUUCGCGCGGGGUUGUCUCUUCACCAGACUAUGAGCUCCUUGACAGAAGAAAUCGCGUCGUCUUCAUCUUCGUAUCCUCAGUGUCUGGAACAGUUCCUGGUACACAAGUUCCAGUUUUGGGCCCUUCAAACUUGUUUCAGUUAUUACUCCAUCUGUCACAAUCAAGGUGAAUUUUGGGACAUGGCCACUGCUUCACCAAGAUCUGACACUAGUGAUAACCACAGUGGAAGGUUACAGUUAAAGGUAACAGUUUCUAGUGCCAAACUAAAAAGAAAAAAGAACUGGUUUGGAACAGCAAUAUAUACUGAAGUCAUAGUAGAUGGAGAAAUUAAGAAAACAGCAAAAUCCAGUAGUUCUUCUAAUCCAAAAUGGGAUGAGCAGCUGAUUGUAAAUGUGGCCCCACAGACCACCUUGGAGUUCCGAGUUUGGAGUCAUCACACUUUAAAGGCAGACGCUCUAUUAGGAAAAGCAACAGUGGACUUGAAACAAGUGCUGUUAACACACAACAGAAAAUUAGAAAAAGUGAAAGAACAACUAAAACUUUCCUUGGAAAACAAGAAUGGAAUAGUACAAACUGGGGAACUGACAGUUGUCCUUGAUGGAUUAGUGAUUGAGCCAGAAGCUGUGACAAACCGCAGCUCCUCGCCACCCAUAGAAAUUCAGCAGAAUGGGGAUGCUGUCCAUGAGAAUGGAGACCCUUUGACAAGGACAACUCCCAGGUUGGCUGUUGAAGGUACUAUUGGAAUUGAUAAUCAUGUAUCAACAAGUACUGUUGUUCCGAGCUCAUGCUGUUCACAUAUAGUUAAUGGAGAAAACACACCUUCAUCCCCGCCUCAGGUUGCUACCAGACCCCAAAAUACUCCAGCUCCAAAACCACUCACGUCUGAGCCCACCAGUGACACAGUUAAUGGAGAAUCAUCAUCUGUCCUAGCUGAUAGUACUUCAGCCAUGGGUACUUCACUACCAUCUGAAGACUCCACCUCGACUUCCAAUUGCACUAGCACCACCGUCCAAGAGCCUCCUGUACAAGAACCCCCAGCAUCCUCAGAACACAGUGAAUGUAUUCCCUCUGCCAGUGCAGAAGUGGGACCAGAAGCUCGGAGCCUCAUAGACCCUGACUCUGAUUCUAGAAAUAAUUCUGGUUUUGACAAAGUAAGGCAGCCAGAAGGGUGUGUGGAACCUCUCCGGCCACAGUCGGGAAAUACCAACACAGAAUCUUUGCCAUCAGGGUGGGAACAGAGAAAAGAUCCUCAUGGUAGAACCUAUUAUGUGGAUCAUAAUACUCGAACUACUACAUGGGAAAGACCACAACCUUUGCCCCCAGGUUGGGAAAGAAGGGUUGAUGAUCGUGGAAGAGUUUAUUAUGUGGAUCAUAACACCAGAACAACAACCUGGCAGCGACCUACCAUGGAGUCUGUUCGGAAUUUUGAACAGUGGCAGUCUCAGCGGAAUCAAUUGCAGGGAGCUAUGCAACAAUUCAACCAACGAUACCUCUAUUCGGCUUCAAUGUUAGCUGCAGAAAAUGACCCAUAUGGACCCUUACCACCAGGCUGGGAAAAAAGAGUGGAUUCAACAGACAGAGUUUACUUUGUGAAUCAUAAUACAAAAACAACCCAGUGGGAAGAUCCAAGAACUCAAGGGUUACCAAAUGAAGAACCCCUCCCAGAAGGCUGGGAAAUUAGGUAUACUCGGGAAGGUGUCAGGUACUUUGUUGACCAUAACACAAGAACAACAACAUUCAAAGAUCCCCGCAAUGGGAAGUCAUCGGUAACUAAAGGUGGUCCGCAGAUCGCUUAUGAGCGCAGCUUUAGGUGGAAACUGGCCCACUUCCGUUACUUGUGCCAGUCUAAUGCACUACCCAGUCAUGUAAAGAUCAAUGUGUCCCGACAGACAUUAUUUGAAGAUUCCUUUCAACAGAUUAUGGCAUUAAAACCGUAUGACUUGAGGAGGCGAUUAUAUGUAAUAUUUAGAGGAGAAGAAGGCCUCGAUUAUGGUGGCCUUGCAAGAGAAUGGUUUUUCUUGCUUUCCCAUGAAGUUUUGAACCCAAUGUAUUGCUUAUUUGAGUAUGCAGGCAAGAAUAACUAUUGUUUACAGAUAAACCCAGCGUCAACUAUAAAUCCUGAUCAUCUUUCAUACUUCUGUUUUAUUGGUCGCUUUAUUGCAAUGGCGCUAUUCCACGGAAAGUUUAUUGAUACUGGUUUUUCUUUACCAUUCUACAAGCGUAUGCUAAGUAAAAAACUUACUAUCAAGGAUUUGGAAUCUAUCGAUACUGAAUUUUACAAUUCUCUAAUCUGGAUAAGAGAUAACAAUAUUGAAGAAUGUGGCUUAGAAAUGUACUUUUCUGUAGACAUGGAGAUUCUGGGAAAAGUUACUUCACAUGAUUUAAAGUUGGGAGGUUCCAAUAUCCUGGUGACUGAAGAAAACAAAGAUGAAUAUAUUGGUUUAAUGACAGAAUGGCGUUUUUCACGAGGAGUACAAGAGCAGACCAAAGCUUUCCUUGAUGGGUUUAAUGAAGUUGUCCCCCUUCAGUGGCUACAGUACUUUGAUGAAAAAGAAUUGGAGGUUAUGCUGUGUGGCAUGCAAGAGGUUGACCUGGCAGACUGGCAGAGAAACACUGUUUACCGACAUUACACGAGAAACAGCAAGCAGAUUAUUUGGUUUUGGCAGUUUGUGAAAGAGACUGAUAAUGAAGUACGAAUGCGACUCCUGCAGUUCGUCACUGGAACCUGUCGCUUGCCUCUAGGAGGAUUUGCUGAGCUCAUGGGAAGUAAUGGGCCUCAAAAAUUCUGUAUUGAAAAAGUUGGCAAAGACACCUGGUUACCAAGAAGCCAUACAUGUUUUAAUCGCUUGGAUCUACCACCAUAUAAGAGUUAUGAACAACUAAAGGAAAAACUUCUUUUUGCAAUAGAAGAGACAGAGGGAUUUGGACAAGAAUGAAUGUGACUUGUCUUGGAGGAGCUCUUGCAUUUAAAUACCCCAGCCAAGAAAAAUUGCACAGAUAGUGUAUAUAAGCUGUUCACUCUGUACAGUUAAUUUUCUGAAUCUCUCAAAGUAUAAAUGUUUUCCGUUCUUCCACAGAAAUAUGCAAAACAUUUCAUCAUUUUCUACUUUAUUUAUUGUUCCCUUGAAAUGACUGACCAGGAAAAAAAAUCAUCCUUAAAUUUUGACGCAAGUAAGAGAAUUUAUUAAAAAGAAUAUAUCUAUAUAAGCAUAUAUGACAGUGGCUCUAGUUUUAUAGAGCGCCAGGUGUAUUAAACAUGGCAACCGUUCGUUCAUUCACAAGACUCUGAAUUUGCUUUGCCUUGUUUCUGUUAUCCAGGGAAAAAGUACAGAUGUUCCACGUUCUUCUCCCUAGGUGACAUUGGAUUGUGUUUAGCUGCAUGGCUGUUCAGGAAGGUGUUUAGGGCUUAAGCCAACUCUUUCUUUGUAUUUUUUAAAAUGCUGCUGGCGUUUCUGAAGACAAGUGCUUCAACUUACUAAGUUGUACUAAAUGAAUAGUUUAAAAAGAAACUCCCAUCAUUGUUAUAUCAGUAAACACAGAGGUCGUGUAAUAGAUCCAGUAGCAUCUAGGAGCAGCUGGAAUUGAUUUGCUGAACAGCAGAGGUCUGUUUACAUGUGACUUUUGGAUGUUGGGUAUUUGUGGACGUUUAAAGAAUCAGGCAUUUCUAUACUUAACAUUUUUAAACUUGUAAUGUUCUUCAAAUUUAAUUAAUAAUAAACUGAUAGUUUAAUACUUAGGGAUACAUAAAAGGUACUGAACUUUGCUGCUUUUGUGCUCAAGGUUUACUUUUAUGAAAUCAGAUGUUAAUAAAUGGAUGGAAAAGAUGCAGAAGUAAUUAAACACUCACACUAAGUACUUUUUAUUAGUGUUUGAAUAUCCCCACACCUUCCUUCCAAAAUCAAAAUUGUUUCUAAAUUCAGUAGGUAUCUUAAAAAUUCCUUUGUGCCCCCUAUUUUGUAUAGAGCAAGUUUUCUCCAAAUAACACUGAUUUUUUUUUUCAUUAUAAGGGCAUUUGUGGUGUAUAAAAAAGAUUAAAAUCUAAUGUGAAUGAUACUGCUACAUUUAGCAAACUGGGCUUCCUAAUUAAUUAAAACAUUAAUUUCCAUUUUUAUCCUUUCAAUAUACACUGCAAAAUUCAUUAACUUAAAGUUUUUGUAACUAUGAAGUUCACUUAGAAUUAUAACUUCUAUCCACUAGUUUAGUUUUGCUAAGAUUUUAUUUUUCUACUUUAGAUUAUGUUCAGUUUUAUUCAGAAUACAAAAAUAAAAGCAGUAGUCACUUAGUUGAAUAAACUAUAGAAAAUCUGGUUAUUCUCAAGCUUAAAGAAUUUUUUAAUUCUAAUAUAUGACAAAUUAUAUAGUAAAUGAUGGCCAGUCUUCAAAAGUCCUGCAUAAAUUAUUCUGUAAAAUAAUAAACUUGCUAUGACAGAAAGUAUUGGCUUUCAUUCAGUGGAGGUUAUUUGAGACUAUCCUUUUGCAGAUGUGGUUCAAAGUGGCUUUCAGGUACGACUUCAGGGAGCUAGUCCCUUUUGUUAAGUUACCUCACAGGAGUAACAGAACCCACAAGAUCAAAGCAGCCUUCUGGGAAAGACUAGUUUCCAGACUUCAUCAGACUCUUGUAUCUUUCAUGCAAGUUAUAGAUUUUAGACCUGUAGACUUGUUUACCUACUCAGUAGUCAACAUAAAGUCUUAAAAGAAAUUUGAUUCACCUCCUGGUGUCUCUCCUUCCCAUCCAUGUUGUGAACUGGACCCCUCUACACCCAGCUCACUGAACACAGAGAAAGUGGGUAGGGAGGAGGACAGAGAGACAAGUGAGUAAUAAUAAUUUAUUAUCAUGACAGUUCCCAACAUCACCAAUAAAUUGAGCUUAGGGAAUGGAUUAUAGGCUUAAAACAGUCUUCCCAAUCAGCUCAGCCACCUGUCUUUGGGAAAGAAGCUACUAUUUUUUUUUUUUGUUUUGUCUUUUUUGUUUUUCUGUACUUCCUAGGCAGUUGAAAAUGAAAAUGUUACUAUUUUCUCCAGCAGACUUCAGUUAUCCUCCUAGUUCUAGGUGUUCUAAAUUAGGUCUUGUAUAUCCACUCCAUUAGCAGACAACCUAGCUUGUGUUUGUGGUUCAAAAAGACCCUAACUAGUAAGCUGCUUCUGAGCUGAGAAAGCUCCUGACACAGAAGGGAGCUGUAACUGGGUUCCCCUGAAUCUGAAACCUUACUAUGGCAUGCCCUACACUGUCACUUUAGGAUCAGGAGACUUUGGUUCUUGGAGAACUAUGUGAUAUUCCUGCUACAUUACUCCUGUAUGUUCAUUUUCUCAAAGGAGGCCUAACCUUGCACUGGUAGCUAACAUGGUUCUGGCACUACAGUAUUCUGAGUAAACUAAGGCCAGAUAAAUGUCACCUACUGCAGGCCUACUGGAUCCUAACAUUUAACGAAGAUAAGAUAGUCUGGUAAACUCUGACGUAAGAAAUCCGUCGUUGAAACAUGAUAUAAAAGUUCUCCUGUAACAUGGCCAACUUUUUUUACUCUGUUGAACACAGAAAUCAAGUUUAAAGUUAACUAGGAAUUUGACACCAAUCUAAAUGUGCUAUUUCCUAAAUUCUCAAAGCUCUACUCCAAAAUUCAACAGAAUGCAAUUAAAAUAAUGGUAUUUCUUUUUUAGUACUAAUUCUGUGUCUAAUUUUCAUGAACAGUUCUCUUGCUCCUUGUGAUUAACAUCCUGUCUUUGUUUUCAUUAUCCUUUUAAAAAAGGAGACAAGUCUUAAGCCAGGUUGUGUUGUAGCAUCCAUUGCCUGUUGGUAGGCCACAUAGGAAUAUUUUGUUAUCAAGAAGUAACAAAGGUUCAGCUGAAAGUGAAAAUAACCAAAAAGGCCCCAGCUUUCCCCUGGUGUGCUGAGAGGCCUGGGCUCCCCUAUCUACUGCAUUACCAAUAAACAAACCUGAAUUAAGGCUUCACAUAUCCUCAAAGACAGCAGACACACUUUCAGAGAGGAAAUCACCCAAUGCCCGUUCUCAAGUAAUUUGCCUUCUACUUUGAUGUUUUUUGUUUGUUUGUUUUGUUUCAAUUUGGAUCCCCAUGCAGUAUCUACCUGAUCCUAUAGUGGAUUAACAAGAUCUUCUUCAGUUCCAUCCUUUGACUGCAAAUGAAGUAAUUUCACUUUUUAUGACUGAAUAAAACUGGUUUGUGAAUAUAUACAUUUUGUUUAUCCACUUGGUGGAUGUCUACACUGAUUACAUAACUUGUUUGUAAACAAUGCCACAAUAAAUAUCAAUGUAAAAUGCCUUUAUUUUUAAUAGCCACAGGUUAAAAAAACUAAAUACCUUCAAAAGAUGGAUAAAACGGUAUAUUUAUGUAAUAAAAUAAUAACACUAAAAGGAAAAACUAUUGAUUGAACUUAGUUGUUGGAGGAUCUGGCUAAGUGAAAAGGCACAAUCUCAAAAGGUCUUAUUCUAUAAGAUUACAUUUGCCUAAGAGUCAUAAAAUGACAAAUAUAUAACAGAUUAGUUGUAGUGUGUGUCCAGACCAUGAGAGUGACUGAGAGAGGCUAGGUAUGACUAUAAAGAGCACUAGUUCUCUGAAAUGAGACAAAUCUAUAUCUUGCCUGUGGUGGUAGUUAUAAAAAUCUAUAAAAUAACGUUAUUAAGACCUAGACAUAAAGUGAGGACAUCUAAAAGUCCUAAAAUUUGAAUUAAAGUCUGUAGAUGUUUCUCAGUUCAGUAUUAUACCUUGGUUUCAUGUCACCCAAGGGCAAAGAGAAAGAUGGGUAUUUAGAACCCAGUCAUACUACAUUAUGUAAUACAUUAUGAAGCGUAAUUAUUUUAAAAUAAAGUUGUAUAAAGUAUCAAAAGACAGAUUCCCCCAUCCAUGAAGGUCUAUAUUACUGGAAAGUACCUCAUUUCACAAAAAUAACUUCAGAGAAAAUUUUUUUGUGAAAUGCUAAGAAAUAAUUCCAGAACUUUGUGCUGGUAACAAAAAUUGUAGAAAAGCCAUUCUAACAUAUAAAUUCACAGAAGCACCUGGCAUAUUCAUCUGGUAAAGCCCUUACUUAGAAGAACUGCAAGGACCUAGAUCUUAAUAUAAAAAAAUUGAAGUAUUUCAGCAUAAUCACAUUAAUACAAAUUAGAUGAAGUGCGGAUGAAAGGUAGCUGAAGCUCAUGCCUAGACAUUGAAGAUAAGAAGCAGCUGUUGACAGCAGUCAGGAGGGGGAAAUGAAGAACAAGAGAAACAAUUAUGAAGACACUUUUAAGCCAUCAAACCACCUAAAGCAAAACAAAGUGUAUCAAAAUGGAAAUGAACUUAGCAGAUGGAGCAGUAGUUAAUAAAGUCCUGAAUAUGAAAGCCAAAGAAGACUGAACAUAGUUUACUGGAGUCCCAGAAGACAAGAUGGAGCGCUGCUCUGGACUGAAGGACAGUUGAUAACAGUGCAUUGGCCUCUCAAAAACGUAAAAGGGAGAGAUUUUCUGUGUUAAAACCAACUGUGCUGCAAAUCAAAUUCUGGUCUCCAAGAGCAGACGGUUUUGGGGACAGUUAAGGAAAUCCGAGUAUGUCUUGUUUGAAGUGAUAUAAUAGGUGUGGUAAUGUACUUGUAUUUGCUUUGAAAGAUUUUGAAAAGCAGCUGAGUUAAGGAUAUGGUAAAAUCUGCAAUUUCAAAAGUUUAAAGAUACAUUAUAUAUGAAUAGAGAUACACAUAUGAGAAUGAUAUAAAAUAUUAAUACCUUAAAUCCAAGUACAGGAUGUACUUCCAAUGUUUGUGUCUUAAAGUUUAAAACAGGGACAGCACACACCUACACAUUUUGCUAUAAUUUAUUAAAACAUUACAAUUCUCAUGUCUUGGGGAAAAUAGACCCAUACACAGUCUCAUAAUCAUUCAGCUCUAGUUGUUGCAAAAUGUAAGUUUACAGUGGUGGCACAUCAGACUCACAGUUGUAGUACUCUGCCUGGUAAAUAUUUCCUUUCACCCUGAAAUCUGUGUCCGUCCAUUCUACAAAGGAUUACAAUUUGUCAAGUGACAAAUCCAACCCAUCUGUGGAGAUAUACCACAUUUAAAAAAGAUGUUCUGCAGAUUUUUCCCUUAUUCAGGGUGCCUCUAAUAUACACAUCACUUAAGUUCUUUAUGCCCAGAACCCUCACCAUCAUAAACACUUGGCUUCUCUAAGAGAGCCUUCAGUAGACUACAACAUGAGAGCCAUCUCCUCGUGUGCCAGCUGCUCACAAAGCCUUUUGAAACAUUUCAUCCUGAAGUGACCAGUAUUUACAUACCCUGUACCACUGUUUUCCAAACGUCUGUCUGAAGCAGAGGACUGUAUUGCUGCCGCUCUUAGGGCAAUGUGGCAGUUUUUAUUUACUUGUGAAGAAACCCAGAAAAUUCUACAUUUAUUCUGAAAAAUAGUCACACAUACAAGAACUGGGAAAAAGGCCAUACAAUCAUUGUGAUGGUUAAUGUAUCAUGUUUAUAAAUCAGUGAAAUACAAAGUAUUGGGUAUGUUGUUGCCUUCUCCAAAAUGUUCUCAGUUCUUGUCACAAACCUGUAAGCAACUGAGCAGCUUCUGUCUGUAUCUGAAGUGGAAAACACAUGUUACAUAUAAAUAGUGCAGCCUAAUUUAUAAAGCUUGAGUUUAUAAAAUAGACUGGCUUCUAAGAGUUUCAAGAUAACAAAGAUAGGAUAUGGUAAGAAUAAGGUCUCUUGAUAGUGAUGAUUAGAUGAGAUUCGAAGAGAGCACUAGUUCAUUUCCUUAACCCUCCACACUGUGCCCCCAGUGCUACCCUGCAGUGUCGGAAACUGAACCAGUUCCCUGUGCAUGUUAGUAAGUACCUAGGGCCAAGCUGCCGUCUGUUUUAGAAAUAACCUCGAUGACAUAUACAUGAUAGAUGUACAUCAGUUCUACACUGCAGAAGCAGCUUACGACAUUGGCUGACAGUCACUAAGGAGUUCUCAUGGUGAAGUAUAAAGGUAAAUAUGCAAAUGAGCGCUUGUGCUUUCCACAAUACUAUGCAUUUAAACACUUACGCUUUUAAAGAAGUUCUAAGUUCAUUUAUUUACUAAUGCCUCAAAGAAAGCCUAUCUGCCUUACUUUAUCAUAAAUAUCUUACCUGUUUAUCUUCUUCUGUGUGUGCUGGGUAACUCUUAGCUUUUACCAGCCAGAAUGCAGCAAGCUUUUUGUUGUUUAGCUUCAAGUAUGUCUUUCCUAAAAGCAGCAAGUUUUUGCUGUAGAAGUUUGGAUCCACUGUACAUAAAAAGGAGAAACAAAGUCACCUCCAGAGAAAUAGUGUCUUUAUUUUUAUAGUUUUAAUAUUUUGGUCUGAAUUCUAAUAAAAUUGUGUGAUUAAACAAUGA